AUGGAAGUGAUGGAAAUCGCUGGAAAAGAUCCACUAAGAGCUCCAAUAUCUCUUGCUCUAGAAAUGGAGCCUUUCACCUUGGGAAAGGGUUGGCUAGGCAUUGAGAAGCCCAAUAUCAAGAGAAGCCUUGAUACAAGGAGUGUAUGCGAACUCGAUCGAGUCGGUCUACAAGACUUGGUCGAGCUAGACUUUACAACGGGUAGAAAGAGGGUUCAGAGGUCACAGAGGGUACAAGAGGAACCUGAGGUGCUUGUUGCUGAUACAAUGGAUGUACCAGAGGGGAAUGGAAACCCUUUGGGCAAUGGACUCGGUCGAGCUAGGCAAACUCGACCGAUUGGUCAAGGAGAUGCUCCAAACCGCCACCAACAGAGACAAGGGAUUGUUCCACCACCAGUGCAGAACCACAACUUUGAGAUCAAGCUGGGAAUGAUCAACCUUGUCCAGAACAAGAUGUUCCAUGGAUUGCCAAGUGAAGACCCCAUUGACCACCUUGAUGAGUUUGAUAGGCUUUGUGAUUUGACAAAGAUCAAUGGUGUCUCUGAAGAUGCCAUCAAGCUGAGACUCUUUCCUAUGUCUCUAGCUGACAAAGCUCACCAAUGGGAGAAGAGCUUGCCCCAUGGCACAAUCACCACUUGGGAUGAAUGCAAGAAGGCCUUUCUUGCUAAGUUUUUCUCCACCGGUCGCACAGCCAAGCUUAGAGGAGAGAUAUCCAGCUUCAUCCAGCGAAACAAUGAGACAUUCGCAGAGGCUUGGGAGAGGUUCAAAGGCUACACAAGUCAGUGCCCACACCAUGGAUUCAACAAUGAAUCACUACUCUCCACUCUUUAUAGAGGAUGCUUGCCUAGGUAUAGGGAGAUGCUAGACACAGCUAGCAAUGGGAACUUCCUCAACCAGGAUGUAGAUGAUGGCUGGCAACUUGUGGAGAACAUAGCUAACUCAAAUGGAAGCUAUGGAGAAGAGUAUGAUCGCACCAACCGGAGCUCGACCCACCACUCGAUCGAGUCAGACGAAAAGUUGAGAAAAGAUGUUAAGGCAUUGAAUGAGAAGUUGGAUAAGCUGAUCCUAGCUCAGUCCACAAUGAAGAAAGUCAACUUUGUGUCUGCUGAGGAGAUGGAACCAGUCCAAGAAGGGGAGGAUACACAAUUUGCUGAGGUGUGCUACAUGAGCAAUGGGCAAGGAGGUUACAACAAAGGAUACUAUAACUACAAGUCCAACCCUGCCAUGUCAUACCGCAACACUGAUGUUGCUAACCCUCAGGACCAAGUAUAUCCUCAACAACAAGCAGCUCGAUCGAGUCAGGUGCCACAACAUGGGUAUGGUCAAAAGAACAAUUACCAAGGACCACAAGGCACUUUCCCUGGACAACAAAUGAAUAUCCCACCAGGCUUCCCCCACCAACCGCCCCAGCCUGCACCUUCACAAGAGAAUGAGCUCAAGGCAAUGCUAAAGCAACUACUUCAAGGGCAAGCUGAUGGGGUAGUGGACACAAGCAAGAAGCUAGCUGAAAUAAACUCUAAGAUCGAGAACCUCAACACAAGGGUUUACUCUCUGGAGAAUCAUGCUUCUUCUGUUGCUGCUGCUACAAAGCAAGGACAACUACCUGGUAAAGCUAUUCAGAACCCCAAGGAACAGUGCAAGGUCAUCUUCACUCAAGAAGGACUUGUUGAAGAAGAGGAUCAAGAAAGGGUCAUUGAAGAUUUUUGUUUACUGCUGAAUGAUGAAGAGAUUGUUGCUGCUGAGGCUCCUGGAGUCCAGAUUGAUCAACCAGAAGUGCAUGCACCUACUGUGGCCAUUCACACUUCACCAGUUGAGCUCGCACGACAAGCUCGAUCGGCAGCUCGAUCGAGUCCAACUCUAGCUCGAUCGAGUCCGACCUCUUCUGUCCCAAAGCCUUUUUGCUUGAUCCUUACAACCGGUUGCCGCUUCCUCGUCUCGCCUACUUAG